UUUGCGACAAAGAGGGCGUUGUGUCGCGCUAUGCAUCAUGGGCGAAAGAGUCGCUUGACAACAAACACACAAAAUCCAAAAUGGAGUACACGGGGAGUAACUACGAUGGUGAUUACAAAAAUGGGCGAAUGGAAGGUAAGGGACUUUAUGAUUUCCCAACUGGUACAAGAUACGAAGGUGAGAUGAACGACGGCAUGUUUCAUGGACAAGGCACAAUAUUCUUUCCCAAUGGAAGUAAAUAUGUUGCAAAGUGGGAAAAUGGAAUAGCUGUCGAUGGUAAAUACACGUUUGCCGACGGUCUUGAGUACGAUGAACCUGAAUGGCUAUAUUGUGACGGGUAUGACAGGCGGUUUUUUACUGAAAUUUGUAAUGGUUUACAACCAGCAGGUCGAUCACAGUUAACAAAUCGCGUUCCUCCACGUGAAAUUCCUGAAGGUUGCUACGAUUGUGGAGAUGGUUUUUAUAAUCCUAAAACAAGAGUGGUCAUAGAUUACAAUAAAAAAUUCCUCAGAAAUGCAGAUGAUGAUGAACAUGAUUGGAUAGUCAAGACAUGUCGUAAAGGCUGGGAUGAAAUUGUUGGAUAUAAACCAAAGCUGGAAGCGUGAAGCUGACAGAUUGACUGACGACAAUGUUUGUGUAUUCAGACUGUGACCAAUCUUGAAAUGUACAUUCCAAAAUAUUUAUAUUUUUUUGUAAGAUAAGGAUAGCCUGCUUUUGAAAAGAAGAAAGAAAACAAAUCUUUGAAUAAAUUUUAGUCACAAAUAUUUCAUUGAAUGUCAAAGGUUCAAGCCCGAAACAAAACCUUUGUCAUGUUAGUGGGUAUCACUCACACUCACGUACAUUAAUGUGUUGGGGGUCUAUGGAUCUCAACUUUAUGUAAUGCCAGUCAAAUCAUGGACAGAUGCAUUUAAGUGCACCUGUACACUUCGCAGGCAGACAAAAUACAAAUGUGCCAGUUGCCUUUCCCGACCCAGCAACCCCCUCCUUUGGUUAAUAGUAAGUACAUUGACCACAAUUGCCUAUGUAUAUAUCGUAUUGUAAAGUCUAAAAGUGAGUACCAUUUAGUCAAAAACAAGAGAAAUGUUUCUGGAUGAGUUUUUAUUUGUACAUAAGUUCAAUAAAUAGGAAAUUAAAAAAACAAAA